AUGCCGCCGUCACUAAACUACACUCCCGGAGGCGAGGACCGGGCGCCCCGCGAUGUCAAACCAUUGAGAAGAGGCUCCAGAAGCAGAAGCACGGCGAUCAGAGGGCGCUGCUGUGUGAACGUGUGUGUGUGCGUAAAGUGCGCUGCAGAUGUGAUCCACCAUGAAGCUGAGGCAGAGAAGGGGGAAAGGAGCCACGGGAGAGGGGUGGGGGUCCGAGUCUGCGCAGAACGAGGUGGAAGGGAGAAGACUGCUGCUAUAAUGGGCCCGUGCAGCAGGAGGAUAGGAUGUACACGCGGAGGAAAUGGUCGCGCAAAUGGAUUCGUGCACAUUUAA